AUGACAGCACGCCAGUCAACGCCAAGCUCAGAGCACUCGCAUUCCGAUAGCAAUGUUCGCAAAAGAGUAUGCAAAGCAUGCGAUCGAUGUCGCCUGAAGAAAUCCAAGUGUGACGGAUCUAGUCCUUGUUCUCGAUGUCGUGCAGAUAAUGCCAUCUGUGUCUUUGGAGAGCGCAAGAAGGCGCAUGACAAAGUGUACCCGAAAGGAUACGUGGAGAUGCUCGAACAGCAACAAACUUGGUUGGUCAAUGGCCUCCAGGAACUUUAUCGACGCAACAUCGAAGGCGAAGGCUGGCCUGGCGAGCACCUGAAACUCGAACCCAACGGACAACCACUUACCCACGACUUACUCAUGCGCCUCGGCGCGCUUGACGGUUCCAAAGGCGAGCGCUUUGAAGAGAACCCCGAAGCUUUGCAGCAGGAGCUAUGGCACACCAAUACCGGCAUGCAACGGCAAGAAUCUUCCGACGGUAGCUCCGAUAGCCCGCAAUCACCAGCGGCUCGUUCGCGCUUUUCCUCCGAUGCUUUCUCCCAGCAGCAUAUGCCGCCUACGCCACCGACUUACAGCCCAUCUACCCGCACAGUUAUCAAGACCGAGCCGGGUCUGAUGCCCAGCACUCCACAUUUCGCGCAGCCCAUGGCCAUGCAGGGUGUGGUCAAUCCAUUGGUUCUGCAAGGCUCGCAACAGUGGCCCAGCAACGGGUUUAAUUCUUUUGACGAGAUGGAUCUGAUGUCGACCGCCGAUUACUCCAAUAUGUCUUUCGAUGAUCAGCAGUUGUCGCCCAUGUUCAAUCGACAGGUACCCAUGAACUGCAUAUCGCAAGGGUCAUAUGUCGAUUCUAAGACCGACUACGAUGAUUUCAACCAGUUCCUCAAUCCGAACCCCACGGAAAUCACCUCGAUCUGA